AUGCCCUUGCGAGAAACGAUGCCAAGUAUGCUCCAAGAAACACCAUACGAUGCUGCACGUCGAAAGCAAUGGGAGUGAGAAGUAACUAUCAGGUUAUCAUCGCACCCCAUUCACCAUGCCCAUUCGUUCCUGCUUCGUGCCGCUCCGUGAUUGCACCUGCUCCAGUCCUCAUCGUUCCUGAGCGGUGCUACGUUCCUGCUUCGUGUCGCUCCGUGAUCGCACUGUGCCGUCCAGUGACUGCACCGUGCGACCUCGCACCUGCUCCGGUCCUCAUCGUUCCUGAGCGGUGCUAUGUUCCUGCUUCGUGCCGCUCCGUGAUUGCACCUGCUCCAGUCCUCAUCGUUCCUGAGCGGUGCUACGCUCCUGCUUCGUGUCGCUCCGUGAUCGCACUGUGCCGUCCAGUGACUGCACCGUGCGACCUCGCAACUGCUCCAGUCCUCAUCGUUCCUGAGCGGUGCUACGUUCCUGCUUCACGUCGCUCCGUGAUCGCACUGUGCCGUCCAGUGACUGCACCGUGCGACCUCGCACCUGCUCCGGUCCUCAUCGUUCCUGAGCGGUGCUACGUUCCUGCUUCACGUCGCUCCGUGAUCGCACUGUGCCGUCCAGUGACUGCACCGUGCGACCUCGCAACUGCUCCGGUCCUCAUCGUUCCUGAGCGGUGCUAUGUUCCUGCUUCGUGCCGCUCCGUGAUUGCACCUGCUCCAGUUCUCAUCGUUCCUGAGCGGUGCUACGUUCCUGCUUCGUGUCGCUCCGUGAUCGCACUGUGCCGUCCAGUGACUGCACCGUGUGACCUCGCACCUGCUCCGGUCCUCAUCGUGCCUGAACGGUGCUAUGUUCCUGCUUCGUGUCGCUCCGUGAUUGCACCUGCUCCAGUCCUCAUCGUUCCUGAGCGGUGCUACGUUCCUGCUUCGUGUCGCUCCGUGAUCGCACUGUGGCAUCCAGCGUGGUGGCCUCUCGUCUAUCGUGCGUGCGCCCUCCCCACGGGGGGAGCUAACGCAACACAGUCAGGACACAAACACGACCACCUAAUAGCGUGAAAUAUUUGGAAAGGAAGUCUUCUUCCCAAAGGGGGGAGGAUGGUUGUCGCAAUAAACGGUCAAAUCGAAUUGUAAUCCUGAUGUCGACUCCGACACGUCGGCAUGCGAAUUCUCGCAUGCGUUUCUCCCGCAUACGUCUAGGAGAAUGCGUUUCUCCCACGCACCAGCUCGACCAAUCACGGGCCGACACGUUAUCGUUCGGCACGUGGCAACGAGAGAAUGCGCUAUCCUGAUUCCUGCGAGAAGCAUCUAUAAAGCGAUCGAUCAGCGGAUCGAUCGCUCUCUUAUCAUAUAGAUCUCAACAUGAACGGAGAUCACCGCAAGUAUACUUUAAUUGCAAAUAAAACGUGUUUAUCUUUAUCCGUGUGUAA